AUGUCAAGUGUAAUAACAAAAAAACUAGAUUUAUCAUUUACUAACAAAACAAUUAUUACUGUUUCACUUAUUAUAACAAUAUUUAGUCUCUAUUAUUUUGUUAUCAACAAUAAAAUAUUAUCAUCAACAAGAAAUCCUCUUGUUUCAUCGUCAUCAUCAGCAACAGCAGAAGGACUUAAUUCUAAUCAAUGUCGAUUAUCUAUGAAAGAAUCUGACGAUUGGUUUUGUGAAUUAGAUUCUGAUUGGAAACAUCGAAAAAUACUUCAUCAUAUACAAGACAAACGUAAUCGUGUAUCAGAUGCACGUCCAUUAUUUUUUCAGAAUAAUUGGGAGCCAACAAUACAGUGUGAAUUCGAACGACGUGUUGGUAACAGCGGUGAUGGUGGAAAAUGGGCUUGUGACAUACAUCGUUUUGGAUCUAUGAAUACAACAAAUAUAUUAGUUUAUUCAUUGGGUUCUAAUGGUGAUUUUAGUUUUGAACAAGCAAUUAAAAGACUAUUUCCAAAUGCAGAAAUUCAUACAUUUGAUAUGGGAUUAUAUCAAUGUCCUCCAAAUGUUUGUUCAUUUCAUCAAGUUCGUUUAGGAAGUGGAAAAAAUGAUAGUUCAAAAUCUUUACAAAUGAUUGUGAAUGAACUUGGUCAUCAAAAACGACAAAUUCAUAUACUUAAAGUUGAUAUUGAAGGCAGUGAAUUUAAUUUUUUUGAAGAAUUAUUUCAAUCUUCAAAUGAUAACCCAAGUAAUUUACCGUAUAUUCGUCAGAUUCUUUUUGAAAUUCAUCUUGGUGGUGAUAGAACUGAAGCACCAUGUCAACGUGCACAUAAAUUAUUUGAAUUAUUUCGUUCAAAUAAUUAUGCAAUAUUUCAUAAAGAAGCUAAUUUAUAUGAUGCACAAAAUGUUUUUGAAUAUGCGUUGUUACGUUUAAAUCCAGCAUUCUUUAUGCUUUCGUUAUAA